AUGUCUUGCCCCGUGAUUGGAACGACCAACGAUGUGCUUCCCCCAAACCACCCCUCUAUCGACCUAGCAAAGGAUGGCCAGGUUUGCCCCGUCGUAGGCGCGACAAGCGACCACCACCACAACCUCUCCGCACACCCUCCCGUCCCCACCCAAGGCACCGAGGCUACAUCGUGCCCGGCGCUCAAGAAGAACGUAAAGACGACCAAGGCCCAAGAGAUGGACGAUGCUCUCUGCCCUAUCGUAGGCACAGCUACAACCGUGCUUCCUCCCGACCACCCAGACAUGCUCAAGGCGAACGCCGGCGAUAUCUGCCCAGUCACAAAGGCGACAGUUGGACACCACAAGGACAAGGUCGCUACACACCCGAGCGUAGAGGGUGCGGCGGAUGGGGCUGUAUGCCCUGUCACCGGCCAGAAGCAGGCUGCGUAG